AUGCCUCUACAAAGAGGACAAAAUGGCGUGAAGAGGGAACAAAUUAGCGGAAAAGUGGGUCCCAUGGGGUCCACUGAGGGUGGGACCAGAAAUAGAAUAGUAGUAGUAUUGAUUGAGGCGGCGGGAGUUAGUGAAGUCAAAACGAGGGGUGGUCCCCACUGCAUUGUCCACAUCAUCACCUAUUCAUUCAAAUUGAAGGCGCGUGCU